CAUGGUGAAGAUGCUGGAGUCACCUGCUCAGGUCAGAAUUCAAGACUCACUGCUGGUCCUCACCGGUGCUCUGGGAGAGUGGAGGUGCUUCUUGGAGAUUCCUGGUUCACAGUGUGUGAUGCUGACUUUGACCAGCAGGAUGCAGAGGUUGUGUGUCGAGAGCUGGGCUGUGGGAUUCCUGUGAAGGUGCUGGGAUCAGCUGCUUUUGGCCGAGGGGAGGGUCAGGUGUGGACAGAGGAGCUUCAGUGUAGAGGAAAUGAAUCUGAGAUUUACUUCUGUCCAACAUCAUCUUCACUCAAACACUCAAACUGCUCCCAUUACAGCGAUGUGGGAUUAAUAUGUUCUGGUCACACAGGGGCGCGGCUGGUGAACGGACCGGACUCCUGUUCUGGUCGAGUGGAGCUCCAGUACCUCAGUGACUGGGGCACAGUUUGUGCUGUAGGCUGGGAUAUGAGAGCUGCAGAUGUUCUCUGUGCACAGCUGGAUUGUGGGAGUGCUGUGGCUGUGGUGGAGGUGGACUGGUUUGGGGAGGGGAGUGGCCACAUCUGGGCUGAUGUGUUUGACUGUCAGGGGAAGGAGACACACCUAUCACAAUGUAUCAUCUCGUCAUGGAGUCGAGCUGCAUGCUCUCAUAAACACGAUGCUGGAGUCAUCUGUAAUGGUGAGAUAUUAACAUCACCUACACCACGUUAG